AUGAAUAAAGAUCAGGAAGGUGCCGAAUCGGAAUACAUAAAGACAAUCAAUUUGGAGGAUGAAAUCGGGGAGGAUGUGGAUUUCCUCAGAGACUUGGCCAUUAUAUGCAGGUUUAUUGGAAUUGGGGCAGAUUGCAAGAAGAUCGAUAAGUGGAUUGAGGAUACAUGGAAAACCCCACACAUCACCAAAUUUCUGCCCAGAGGAUUUUUCAUUGUAAUCUUUGCAAUGGAGGAGGAGCGACAUAAGGUGUUGGAUGGAGGCCUGUGGUCAAUGGAUUCGAAACCCUUAUACAUUCAACGAUGGCACAGGAAUUUUAAUCCGCUAAAAAUAGAGCCAUAUGAUAAACCAUUGUGGAUUAGACUACAUAACCUCCCAAUGGAGUAUUGGACAGAGGAAGCAUUGGCAAAAAUAGGAAGAUCAUUAGGAACUUUGAUGGAAAUUGAUGCAGACAUCGCGCUUGGUGAUUCUUACAUUUAUGUGAGACUACAGUUGGCAGUUGUUAGAAAAAUCCCCUCGCAGAUUAAAUUAUGUGUGAACGGUUUGGAAUGGAUUCAGAGGGUGGAAAUCGAAGAGGAGAAAUAUUAUUGUAUGAACUGCGGUAGAAGAAACCACUCCACAAACAAUUGCAGGAUCCCUAGGAAGGAAAACAAGGAAUGGAGGCCAAAGUAG